AUGCCCAUGGUCAUGCUCCCCUUGGGGCGCUGCCCCCCCCCACGUUUGCAGGAGGACAAUGUGCCCAGGCGCGGCCAGCUGCAGCGGCGGCAGAGUUUCGUCAUGGUCAAGGGAGCUGCCUUGCUGCUGCCUGCCGAGGAGCCGCUGGUGGCUGAGCCCCCCCCGGCUGCGCCCCUGGGGCGGCAGGAGCAGCACCUCCAGCUCAUGAUGCAGCUGCUGCGUCCCCAGGAUGCCAUCCGUCUGGCGGUGCGGCUGGAGUCGGCGCGGCCGCAGCGGGUGAGGUACCUGCUGGUGGUGCGGCCGGAGGAGGCAGAUGCCGAGGGGCAGACGGUGCUGCUGGGUGUGGACUUCCCACACGAGGGGUCCACCCGUUGCACCCUGGGCAUGGUGCUGCCCCUCUGGAGCGACACCCAGGUCUUCCUCGAUGGUGACGGGGGGUUCAGCGUGAUGUCGGGGGGGCAGACCCGAAUCUUCAAGCCCAUCUCUGUCCAGACCAUGUGGGCCGUGCUGCAGGAGCUGCACCGAGCCUGCGAGCAGGCGGCCCGCGGGGGGCACAUCCCUGGGGGCCCUGCGCUGCUCUGGGCCCGGGACUACGCGGCUGCGCUGAGCUCGGAGCAGAGCUGCCUCAACGAGUGGCUGGCCAUGGCCGACCUGGAGUCCGUGCGCCCCGGCUCCCCCCAGCCCUCGGGGCCGGCGGUGCCGGAGCUGACGGAGCAGGCGGUGCGGGCGCUGCUGCGUGAUGUCCUGGCCUCCGCUGACCUGGAGAGUGUCACCUCCAAGGAGGUGCGGACGGAGCUGGAGCGGCGCACGGGGCGCAGCCUGGCCCAGCACAAGGACUUCAUCGACAACGAGAUGCUGCUGGUGCUGGCGCAGAUGGACCGGCCCUCCUGCGUCUUCCCGCACCUCUACCUGGGCUCCGAGUGGAACGCUGCCAACCUGGAGGAGCUGCAGCAGAACCGCAUCACCCACAUCCUGAACGUGGCGCGGGAGAUUGACAACUUCUUCCCGGCGCUGUUCACCUACAUGAACGUGCGGGUGUACGACGAGGAGGCGGCCGAGCUCCUGCCCCACUGGAACGACACCUUCCUCUUCCUCUCCGACGUCAAGGCCCGCGGGGGCCGGGCGCUGGUGCACUGCCGCAUGGGGCUGAGCCGCUCGGCGGCCACGGUGCUGGCCUACGCCAUGAAGGAGUUCGGGUGGCCCCUGGAGCGGGCGCUGCGGCACGUGCGGUGCUGCCGGCCCGGCGUCAUGCCCAACCCCGGCUUCAUGCGCCAGCUCGACUUCUACCAGGGCAUCCUGAGCGCCAGCCGGCACAGCGUCCUGUGGGAGCCCCGGGCAGCAGAGCGUGUGUCCCAGCCAGGAGCCCGAGGAGGCUGCCCCAGGGGAUGAGGGGGUCCUGCCCCAGCCCCGAGCCCCGUCCCGUCCCCGCAGCCUCCCGAGGAGGCCAGCAGGCAGCCGGCGGGGCCGGGGCUGUCGGGAGCCCCCCAGCGCCCCCGCAUCUCCCUCUGCGCCGUCAUGCGGAGCAUCAGCCUGAUGGAGUCCCCGCAGCCCCCCGAGCUGCUGGGGGAGCCCCUCGAUGGGGCGGUGUUUGAGGCCACAGAAGUGCCGGGGGACCCUGGGGACCCAGGGGGGUCACCCUCAGGGGCACGGCCCAGCUCCCGGCCCCGACGUGUAGUGCGCCAGGCCAGUGUGGAUGGAGGCCCAGCUGGCACAGAAGCCCCCAGCCCACCCGCCUCCGGCUGCGACCCUGCCCUUGCCUCCACCUCCCCCCUUGCCCCCUAGCCCCAGCGGGGAGGAGGACAAGGGGCAGGCCCCCUGCCAUGGCACCAGGGGAUGGGGCAGGGCGGGGGCCCGCUGCCCCCCACCCCCCCACCCCACAGCCUGCAUUUUGGGGCACGGGGCGGCACUGCCUCACCCCAUACCCGGGGCACUGCUGCACCCCUGGGGGGUGACACAGCCCCCGGGCCACACCUUGCCACGCCGGCCCCCUGCACCAGCACGGCACCAGCCUGACAAUAAAGCACGUAACGGACGGA